GAAGCGCGGAAAGCCAAACCAAACAUUUUCCACCCGGCGCGUCUCUUUGUCCGUCCACCUCCGCGCUGAGAGAAACAGCCGCAGCGACAACCAUGGCCAAUGUUGCCGACACCAAGCUCUAUGACAUCCUCGGCGUGUCGCCGUCCGCCUCCGAAAACGAACUGAAAAAGGCAUACAGGAAGCUGGCCAAAGAGUACCAUCCGGACAAGAACCCCAACGCUGGCGACAAGUUCAAGGAAAUCAGCUUCGCCUAUGAGGUGCUGACCAACCCCGAGAAGAAGGAGCUUUACGACCGUUAUGGCGAGCAGGGCCUGCGGGAGGGCGGCGGCGGAGGCCCCGGCAUGGACGACAUUUUCUCACACAUCUUUGGCGGCGGCCUCUUCGGCUUCAUGGGCGGCCAGAGCGGACGCUCGCGCAAUGGCGGCCGACGGAGAGGCGAGGACAUGGUGCACCCGCUUAAAGUAUCACUGGAGGACCUUUACAACGGCAAGACGACGAAACUACAACUUAGCAAAAAUGUACUCUGCAGCACAUGUAACGGACAGGGCGGCAAGUCGGGUGCGGUACAGAAGUGCGCCGCCUGCCGAGGGCGUGGCAUGCGCAUCGUGAUCAGACAGCUGGCACCGGGCAUGUUGCAACAGAUGCAGUCCGUGUGCACGGACUGCAAUGGAGAAGGCGAGGUGAUCAGCGAGAAGGACCGCUGUAAAAAGUGCGAAGGCAAGAAGGUGGUCAAGGAGGUGAAGAUCCUGGAGGUGCACGUGGACAAGGGCAUGAAGCACGGCCAGAAGAUCACCUUUGGCGGUGAGGCGGAUCAGGCGCCGGGGGUGGAGCCGGGCGACAUCGUCCUGGUGCUGCAGGAGAAAGAGCACGAGACAUUCCGUCGAGAUGGCAACGACCUGUUCAUGAACCACAAGAUCGGCCUGGUGGAGGCGCUGUGCGGCUUCCAGGUCAUGCUGAAACAUUUAGACGGCCGGCAGAUCGUGGUCAAGCAUCCCGCCGGCAAAGUCAUCGAGCCGGGCUCAGUGAGGGUGGUGCGAGGGGAGGGCAUGCCGCAGUACCGUAACCCCUUUGAGAAGGGAGACCUGUACGUCAAGUUCGACGUGCAGUUCCCUGCCAGCAACUGGAUCAGCCCUGAGAAACUAGCGGAGCUGGAGGACAUGCUACCGUCGCGGUCGGAGGCGCCGCUCAUCACGGGCGACACGGAGGAGGUGGACCUUCAGGACUACGAUGUGAGCCAGGGCUCGUCGACAGGCGGUCGUCGGGAGGUCUACAACGACAGCUCUGACGAAGAUGGCGGCCACCACGGCCCGGGGGUCCAGUGCGCCCACCAGUAGCCCGGAGGGUGCGACAAGGCGGGCGCAGGCGGCAAAAAAAAAAAGACUUUGUUCUUUAUUUAAAAAAGAAAAAGGUGGCUGCAGACAUCCCGCUGUUACCUCCUCCAGGGCACAGAAUGUCUCAUGUUUGAGUGUUGCUUUUGCUUUGUUUUUCAUAGAAUUUACAGUAAUUUAACAAAUGGACACAAUCGCACAAGACGUUUUCUCAAAACAUGUUUCCGAUUUUUUUUGUCUUUUUUUUAACAGCUUUGUUUCUUUUGGUAGCUUUUUACUUGUUUUUCUCCCCCCACCUCAUCCUUCUGUUCCUGUUCUUGAUAUUUUUAAUCCCAGAUUGUGUAUAUCUUUCAACUAUCUUUCGCCUGUAUUCAAAAGCAGUGUGUGAUUUAAAAAAAAACUUAUAUUGCGUGAAAUAUCACACAAACAGAAACAAGAUAGCCUGCAUUUAUGCCGAGACCAUGUGCAUGAAAAAAAAGAACAAAAAAAGCAAAACAAAACGCUUUUGGUUCCGGCACUUGUUACCGCAGUCACGUGAAGACACUUCAAAAAUGUUUAAGUUGAAUAAAUUGUUGAAGAAUCAA